UAGCAUGGGUAAUACGGAGAGCAAUGUGACCAGCGGAGUCAAGAAGCAGGCCGGAGGCGCCUUGCAGGAGGUCUACAAGCUCGUCGACCUCAAGGGUGGAGGGCUGUUAGUGGAAUUGAUGAAACGAGCGACGCAGACGAAACAGUACGCUGAGCUCGACCACGCAAUAAAAACGAAAGUUGAGCCUUAUUUGUACAACAAGGGCGAAGGCAGAAAGAUUCCAAUUUCGCAAAUCGUCCUGCUUCGCAACAAGGAACGCUCCAAAUCGAGACUACUGCCUCCUUUGCGAGGCUUCGACGACCCAGAGGAAUAUGACAUUGACAAACACGCCCAUUUGACAGCCGACCUGGAAGAUUUGAAAGACCCAACAAAAUACAGAGACGUAUGCUGGGACGUCAACAAAAGAGGAGCAGUCGGCGAGACGGCUUUGCAUUUGUGCCUCUUGCACGCGACGGCCUUGCAUGCCGACUUAGCCAAACGCCUUCUCAGAUUUUAUCCCAAGCUGAUCAAUGACGUCUACAUGAACGACGAAUACUACGGCGAAAAUGUGCUACACAUCGCCAUCGUAAACGAAGAUCCGGCAAUGGUAAAAUUCCUAUUGGACAGCAAUGUGGACUUUCACGAGCGAUGCUACGGAGCUUUCAUGUCCCCCGAGGACCAAAAAGGUUCCAGAGGAGACUCUCUAGAUCACGAAUGGGUGGACUGCAACCCUUUGACGAAUUACGACGGCUACGUCUACUGGGGCGAGUACCCUUUGAGUUUCGCCGCGUGUCUCGGCCAGGAGGAGUGCUACAGGCUGAUUCUGGCCCGCGGCGCCAACCCAAACAACCAGGACAGCAACGGAAACACCGUCUUGCACAUGCUCGUCGUUUAUCAAAAAGUGGAAACUUUUGAUAUGGCAUACGAAGCGGGCGCAGACAUCAACAUAAAAAACAGCCUGAACCUGACCCCACUGACCCUGGCCGCGAAAUUGGCCAAAACAGAAAUUUUCUUCCACAUUUUGAACAUUCAGCGAGAAAUCUAUUGGCAAAUCGGCAGCAUCACGUGCGCCGCAUACCCUCUGGCGCUAAUCGACACGAUAGACAUCAAGACUGGAAAUAUUUGCAAAGAUUCAGCGCUGAAUCUUGUUGUUUUCGGUGAAAGAGACGAGCAUUUAGACUUGAUGGAAGGAAUGUUAGUCGAUCUCUUGCACGCAAAAUGGAACACGUUCGUCAAAGCACGAUUCUACCGGCAGUUCAUAAUGUUCUUUUUCUACUUCCUCUUUUCGCUCUUCUGCUUCACGCUUCGGCCCGGUCCACCGCCGAUUACUCCAAAGGCGCCGGCGCCCACCCCUCUGGCCGCCCCAAAUUUCACCGACUACGAUUAUCCCUCGUCUGGGGUGUUGGACGCAACCCUCUUCGACUCAGGACCGACAGCUACCACGAAUUGGACUGCCCUUGCGGAGAAUAGAACUUCUUUUGUCAACAAAUCAAGUUCGGCGGACUACGAUGGCUUCCGCAGCUUUGGCAAUUUCUCGCGCGGAUUGUGGGGAGGAAUGGCAAACAUUGACUAUCAAGAGUGUCGGCUUUUGGAUUUGAGCAAAUGGCAAGCGAAGGUCAGAGUGGUCUGCGAAAUCGCCAUGGAGAUUGGCGCAAUUCUCUACAUCAUCGCGGCCCUCAGAGAGGCCAGGUUUUUGGGCAGAAGAAUGUUUUUGGAAAAUUUGAUGACGGCGCCGUCAAGGGUCUUGUUUCUCGGCUCCUGCAUUUUAAUGAUGAUAAUGCCGUGGGUUCGCUCGCUUUGCCUGACGCAAGACGAGGACAUUAUGGCGGUGGUUAUCAUGGUCACCACAGCACCCUACUUUCUCUUUUUCUGCAGAGGUUUUAAAACUGUUGGGCCUUUCGUUGUGAUGAUCUACCGCAUGUUGAAGGGAGACUUGAUCAGAUUCGUUUCGAUCUAUCUCGUUUUCGUCAUGGGCUUUUCGCAAGCUUACUACAUAAUAUUUUUGUCAUACGAGAUGCAGAGUGCAAACCCCCUUCCGAACCCGAUAGAGUCUAUAAUGGCAAUGUUUUUGAUGUCCCUGACCAGUUUCGGCGACUACUACCCGCAGUUUGAGAAAACGACGCACGAAACUGGCUCGAAAUUCAUGUUCGUUCUUUUCAUGGCGAUUGUGGCGAUUCUUCUGGUCAACAUGUUGAUCGCCAUGAUGGGAAACACGUACCAAAAAAUCGCCGAAACAAAAAACGAGUGGCAGAGACAAUGGGCGAGAAUUGUGCUGGUGGUUGAGAGAGGAGUGCCUCCAGCGGAAAGACUAAAGUCGCUGAUGGACUAUUCGCAGCCAAUGGCUGACGGCCGGAGAGCUUUGGUCCUGCGACUGAACCAAUCGGAGGAUGACAAGGAGGAAAUGAAAGAGAUCUUGGAGAUGAAGCGAAUUCACGACCGGAUGGUGAAGAGGCGCCUGUUGCGGGAACAAAUGCGAAAAGAUGAAGCAGCUGGUAUCGUAGGGGUCAAGAAGCCUGACCCCUAUUCAACCACAAAGAAGAAAAAGCCACCUCCGAAACGAUACUGAAAAGUUCAAGUUUUAAAAGGAAUUUAAAUUAUAAUUCAUUACAUGUGAUUAAACUAUCAAAAAUUCAUUCAUACAUCUGUUUAAUUUUUAGUUUUCAGACAACUGAA